CUCUGGAACGCCGGAGUGGCUGUCGGGUUUCGAACCCGGGCGUCGACCCUGGCCCUUGGUGCGCUCAGCCGAGUCGCUGGUGCUGCCUUUGCCCCCACAUCAAUCAUUUAGGGGCUAGCUCGGGCUACUGCGGCCCGAGGAAGGGGGAUGGUACGGAACUCGAGACAGGGGACAACUCUAUCCCCCGAGGCGGCUGCGAAACACUAGCCGGGGAGGCCCCCGCCCUCCCUCGGAAGGGCUGCUCAGAAUAAGGUCUUCUCUUGAAUCGGCAGCGACGCCCCCGGCGCGUGCACAAAGGCUCCGACGGCGGCCGGCGGGGACUGCCGAGCGCGCGGGAGCCGGCGCCAGAGGUCGCCUGUGCGCGACCUAGCCAAGCCCCAGGCACCAUGCCGCGGCGCCUGCAGCCCCGGGGAGCAGGCACAAAGGGCCCGCCUGCCACAACCUUGGCGGCUUCGGAGGCCGCCUUGCGUCCCCAUCCCUCCGCCUCCGGGGACCCCCCAGCAUCGGCCAAGCCGCUGCUGCGCUGGGACGAGGUGCCCGACGACUUCGUGGAGUGCUUCAUCCUGUCGGGCUACCGGCGGCUGCCAUGUACGGCGCAGGAGUGCCUAGCCUCGGUACUGAAGCCUACCAACGAGACGCUCAACUUCUGGACGCACUUCAUCCCGCUACUGCUGUUCCUGAGCAAGUUCUGCCGCCUGUUUUUCCUGAGCGGCCAGGACGUGCCCUUCCAUCACCCAUGGCUGCUGCCGCUGUGGUGCUACGCGUCGGGCGUGCUGCUGACCUUCGCCAUGAGCUGCACGGCGCACGUGUUCAGCUGCCUGUCGCUGCGCCUGCGCGCUGCCUUCUUCUACCUGGACUACGCGUCCAUCAGCUACUACGGUUUUGGCAGCACGGUGGCCUACUACUACUAUCUGCUGCCGGGCCUGAGCUUGUUGGACGCCAGAGUGAUGACACCGUAUGUGCAGCAGCGCCUGGGCUGGCACGUGGACUGCACGCGCCUCAUUGCUGCCUACCGCGCGCUCGUGCUGCCCGUGGCCUUCGUGCUGGCUGUGGCCUGCACGGUGGCCUGCUGCAAGAGCCGCACAGACUGGUGCUCUUACCCGUUCGCGCUUCGCACUUUUGUCUUCGUCAUGCCGCUCAGCAUGGCCUGCCCGAUCAUGCUCGAGAGCUGGCUCUUUGACCUGCGCGGUGAAAACCCCACGCUCUUCGUGCACUUCUAUCGUCGCUACUUCUGGCUAGUGGUGGCCGCCUUCUUCAAUGUGAGCAAGAUCCCCGAGCGCAUCCAGCCAGGCCUCUUUGACAUCAUUGGCCACAGCCACCAGCUCUUCCACAUAUUCACUUUUCUCAGUAUCUAUGACCAGGUGUACUAUGUGGAGGAGGGCCUGCGCCAAUUCCUCAAGGCGCCGCCUGCGGCACCCACCUUUUCUGGCACAGUGGGUUACAUGCUGCUGCUGGUGGUCUGUCUGGGGCUGGUCAUCAAGAAGUUCCUAAACAACUCGGAAUUCUGCAGUAAAAAGUGAACCUUCGCCUUGGAGGAGGCCGCUGGUUUGCCCACCUAUUUGUUUGGAGUUUCUGUUGUUGCUACUGUUGGUUUGUUUUCAAGUUUUGUUGUGUUUCCUUCUUUGCUCGAGGAAGGUGCUGCAAAACCACAGGGAAAAAAUCCAAUGCAACAAGGGGGUCUCAGUGCACUUGGGGCUUUUGAAGAGGGAGGUGGUUCCAGCAGGAGGGAGAGGGACACUGGUUCUUGCCCCUGGAAAAAUUCUGGUGGUGUCUCUGACAUCCAGAGGCAGUGAAGAAAAUCCCAAAUAAAACCCCAAACAGUUCGGUUUUCCGGUCACUUUCUGUGCCAGUGGUAAUGACAAGUAGCCCUUGUGAGGUCAAGUAUGCAGUAAAGAGGGUAAGUAGACAAAAUCGUUGGGUACUUCCAUUUCAGUCUGAGGAAUGCUUGGAUUUGUCAAAAGAAUGGAGCUUUGUAGGAAACGGGCACAAAGACACAAACCCAGGGCUUAACCUACUAGAAAAUGCAUGGAAUGUGAACACAAGUUAAUUAUCUUAAAAUGUUUCUCAGAUGUUAUUUAAAUAGUAAUAUAUACAAUGAUUUUUCAUGAUUUAUCAAAACCUGUGAUAUGCACUGAAUUGUCUUUGUUACAUAGUUUUGAAUUUUGCAGCCCUUCUGCAUUGCAUACACUUGAACUGGACAUCAGGGCAAGCUGCUUGAGAAUUCUCAACUACUUUUUUAAAGUGUUUUCUGAAGGUGUAUGUGUGUCAUGAUACAACUGUGAAUUAUUCUACCUUAGGGACUCUGGUUAAACUAUUGUUGAGGAGCUCAGUGGUUUGUAUAUAUCCCAGAUUCCAAUUUACUUUAAUGUAUUCCACAAGACCUUUCUUAUUUUUUGUUUUGUUUUUGAUCUUAUUGUUUCCUUCUCUAAUUAUUUAAAUUGCCACUAGAAUAAUGUGCCUUUUGAAGGAAUGCCCAAAGGACCGGUCCUCAAACAUAGUUUCAUGCAUGGGGAGAGCAGUAAGAAUAAGCUUUUCUUACUACUGCAAAUCAGGUUCUAACAUUCUACCCAGAAGAGAAGGAAGAUGGUGUUGGUUUUAAGUUUUUGGUAGGACUGGAAGUAGCUUACCGGGACCUGCAGAGCAUUUGACUUCUCUAAGAGAAGGAGUCAACCUGCUAAAGUGGCUGUGGUUCUUAAUGCAGCCAUUGGGGGAAGGUGAGAGGAAACUGUUCUACACCGAUGCCAUUUAUCCUUGCUUAAAAUUCAAAACAUAAUAUGCAGGAAUAACUGAGGCAGUUAAAUUAUGGAAGUCGGGAGCAUAUUACUUGAGUUGUAAUUGAAAAUGUUGAGUUAAAUAACAUUAACUUUGCAUAGUUAAAACCCUGAAGUCUCAUUUGGAUCCCCACUAUGGAAAUGAAUGGCAGUGGCCCUAAGUCGUUGAAAAAUUAGUGAAUGUGCUCCUGUGAUCCUUCCUAACAACAACAUUGGCCGAUGUUAUUUAAGACAUUUCUCAUAAACAA